AUCAAUCCAAUUAUCCAUACCUUGUUAACCCUAUGUCAACACUGAUCCAAUGAUGGUGUUCUUGAGCCAUUUUCCACACUGCUUCAAUAUUCAAGAUCUCUAGGGUUGCAGAUUUGAGAUGCCUCUUAACCUCCUAUGUCAUUCAGAGUGAGUACUCUAUUACACUUCAAUCUUUUGUAAAAAUGCAUUCUGUGUUUCUUUGUGACAGAUUGUUUCCAAUUCGGAAGAUUGCAAUAGAUUCAACGCCACCGCUAGUUUUUCUUCGCAAGAAUCCAUUGUUUCUUAGAUGCAUUUCUUCAAAAAGCUCUCCUACAAGUCAACACUCUCUCACGGUCUCUUGUCUCAUAAACUCAUCUGGGUUGUACACAGAAACUGCUACCUCUGCAUCAGUUAUCACACCCAUUUCGUCAAAGAGUUCGUCAAAUCAAGACUCAUACACAGUCUCCUACCUCAUAAAUUCAUGUGGGUUGUCUCCAGAAACUGCUAUUUCUGCUUCUGAGAAACUACACUUCGAAACCCCAGAAAAACCAGACUCGGUCAUUAGGCUACUCAGAAACCAUGGAUUCUCCAAAACCCAGAUAGCGAUUCUUGUCAGAAAACGUCCAGUGCUGCUUUUAGCCCAUCCUGAGAAAACCAUUCUGCCCAAACUUGAGUUUUUUCAGUCUAUUGGGGUUUCAAGAACUGACCUCGCAAGAACCCUUUCUUUGGACCCAACCCUCUUGACAAGAAGCUUAGAGAAUCAGAUUGUACCCAACUAUAAUUUCCUCAAGAGUGUGCUUCAAUCCAAUCAGAAGGUUGUUGCUGCUAUGAGGCGCACAUCUUGGUUAUUUUUGCAGGAUCAUACCAAGAAUCUUGUUCCAAAUAUUGCAGUUCUGAGGGAACUUGGAGUACCAGAGUCGUGUAUUAUACUGUUACUAGCUCAUUACCCUGAGGCUAUACUGCAAAAACAUGAACAGUUCAGUGAAAUUGUUACUGAGGUCAAGAAAAUGGGAUUUGACCCAUUGAAGUCGACAUUUGUGCUAGCAUUACAUGCCAUUUCAGGGAAGGGUAGUGAGUUGAGAUGGAAUCGAUGUUAUGAAGCCUAUAAGAAGUGGGGUUGGUCUAAGGAUGAUAUUCUCUCAGCGUUUAGAAAGCACCCGCAUUGUAUGAUUUUGUCGGAGAAGAAGAUAACGGCAGCAAUGGACUUCUUUGUGAACAAUAUGGGGUGGCAGUCCACUAUGAUUGCAAGAUGUCCAGUAGUUCUUUUUUUCAGCUUGGAGAAGAGGAUUAUCCCUAGGUGUUCGGUUAUCCAAGUCUUGUCAUCUAAGGGCUUGAUGAAGAAAGAUUUGAGCUUGAGUACUGUGUUGUUGCCAGUGGAGAAGAGUUUCUUGGAUAGGUUUGUGACAAAAUAUGAGGAGGAAUUACCUGAGCUAUUGUCUGUCUAUCAAGGGAAGGUGGAUAUUCUGGAAUUAUAAUUUCAAUAUGCGCAAUCGGGUGAGAUUUUGAAGUAGUACUUCAUUUUAUUACUGAUAUACUUAAAUGGUUUUUGGCGCUUCAUUGUUACUGUAAUUUUCAGCAUCAAUAGUAUCAAUUUUUUAAACAAAGUUCUAAAUCGGGUGAGAUUUUGAAGUAGUACUUCAUUUUGUUACUGAUACACUUAAAUGGUUUUUGGUACUUCAUUGUUACUGUAAUUUUCAGCAUCAAUAGUAUCAAUUGUUAACAAAGUUCUGCUGU